GGAAAGAGAUAAGCCGCGAAGAGCAGAGGAGACAGUUGGGUGGUGAGUAACAGAGGCCGAUGAUGUUCGCGUCCACAGCUUCUCCUACACCUCACCUCCUUCCCUCUCUCUCCUCACCGCUCGCCCCCCACCACCGCCAUCUCUCUACCCUCAGCUCCCCUUUCACUUCGGUCCCCAUUUCCCCGGCCCACGGAAGGAGAAUCCUCCCGUCGAGCGUACGGGCAACGCCGGGUCGUGUCACUCCCUUAAGGGUCUCCGCGAGCUCGCAGGCUGCAGCUGCCGAGGCUUCUGCCGUGUCUUCCGUUCCGGCUGAGAUGAAGGCGUGGGUCUACGGAGAGUACGGCGGCGUCGACGUGCUGAAGUUUGAUCCGAAGGUCCCCGUACCAGAGGUGAAGGAGGACCAGGUCCUGAUCAAAGUCGUUGCAGCCGCGCUUAAUCCAGUUGAUGCCAAGAGGCGGCAGGGCAAGUUCAAGGCGACUGACUCUCCACUCCCGACUGUUCCAGGCUACGAUGUCGCUGGAGUUGUGGUCAAGGUCGGGAGUCAAGUAAAGGAGCUGAAGGAGGGGGACGAAGUUUAUGGGGACAUCAAUGAGAAGGCCUUGGAAGGGCCCAAGCAGUUCGGCUCUUUAGCUGAGUACACCGCUGUGGAAGAGAAGCUGAUUGCUCUGAAGCCAAAGAACAUCGAUUUUGUUCAGGCUGCUGGACUUCCUCUUGCGAUUGAGACUGCUUAUGAGGGCCUCGAGAGGACAGGGUUCUCUGCUGGUAAAUCGAUUCUCAUCUUAAAUGGCUCUGGUGGAGUAGGAAGUCUGGUCAUUCAGCUCGCGAAGCAUGUCUUUGGGGCAUCAAGAGUGGCUGCAACUUCUGGCCCCCGGAAUUUGGAACUUUUGAAGAGCUUGGGUGCCGAUUUGGCUAUUGAUUACACCAAAGAGAACUUCGAAGAUCUGCCGGAGAAAUUUGAUGUCGUGUAUGAUGCGAUUGGGCAAUGCGACCGGGCAGUAAAGGCUGUGAAAGAAGGGGGAAGUGUCGUGGCCUUGACUGGGGCAGUUGUGCCCCCGGGUUUUAGAUUUGUGGUGACUUCAAACGGAGAGGUUUUGAAGAAGUUGAACCCGUACUUGGAGAGCGGCAAAGUGAAGCCCGUAGUGGACCCGAAGGGACCGUUCUCCUUUGCUCAGGUCGCGGAGGCUUUUGCUUACAUCGAGACCAACAGAGCCACCGGGAAGGUAGUUAUACAUCCCAUUCCAUGAGAACGAUCAAGGCCUGAUCUGAAGUUUUUUGAAGGAAUUGUCGACCAUUUUGUUCUAUGAGUAAUGGUGUAAGUAUUAGCUCACAGAAGGAAGAACCACCGUCACCGAUGUAAUUAAAACCUUGACUCGAUCCACCGGAAUCCAUCAGUAGAGAGUCCUGCAUUUGCCUUCUGCAGAGAACAAAGUUAAUACAGUGAUUAUUUUUUAGAAGA